AUGGUGGAAGAAGGCAUUCUAGUACAAGGAGAUGGCUCCUACCACAUUUACAUCAGAGAACAGAUGACUGGAAAUCAUGUAUAUGAACGUGCAAUGGAAACAGUAGUUUCUGAAAUCAGCAUACAUAUGCCUGCGAGUUGCCAUAUCUGUUUCGAUGAUGAUUUCAAAGCUGAGCAGAUGUUUUCGGCCUUAUGCGGUCAUCAAUUCUGUAUUGAGUGCGUGAAACGACAUAUAGAAGCGAGGCUACUCGAGGGACGUGUACCGAGAUGUCCUGAUUAUCAAUGCGAGUCUAAGCUAACUUUUAGAAGUUGUGCUAAUCUUUUGACACCUAAACUAAAAGCGAUCUCUCUAUAUCUACUCAAGAAGCUGAAGUUAGGAGAUGUUGUGUCAAAUGCAGUGAACCCUUUUGCAUCAACUGCAAAGUUCCAUGGCAUAGUGACUUGUCAUGCGGUGAUUACAAGAGGUGUGGAUAUUCGUUUUGUUACACAUGUGGUACCGAAUGGAAGCGAGGAGGUUGCACUCACCGAGCAAACUUGCAUACAUGCUAUACUUUUAUCUUACUUGUUAUUACCGUUUUAAUCAUAUAGUUCCUAUAUUUAUGCUUAAAGUAGUUAAGUAAUCAGUUUUUUACAUUGUUCAUGUUGCUAAUGGAUAAAACUCUGGA